AGGGACCUAUUCUGUGUUCACAUGCAAGCACAGCUGGAUGACUAGUCAAGUGCGCGUGGUAAACGGGAACCCGAACCGCGAAAGGGGUGCUGAAACCGCAAGGGUUGUCUUCUCUGGAGGCAAUGAAAUGUCAGCUUCCUCAAUACAAGUCAUAGAUACAAGUGAGAUGAAGAUGGAACAUGGUAUGGCAGAGAAACAGGGAAGCUUCACGCUACUAGAACUGAAAUCUAUAGGGACGUCUAUGGCGCGCGCGUUUCCAGACCCCGCUGCAGACGGCGCGCAUCAAAAACUUCCACAGAGCACCUGCUCGCUAGCCUUUUCUCCAGAACAAGUGUCGUGUGUGUGCGAGGCUCUGCAGCAGGGAGGUAACGUGGAUCGCUUGGCCAGUUUUCUGUGCUCCUUGCCACAAAACAACUUGUUAAUGGGAGACGAACGCUUGCUGAAAGCUCAGGCUGUUGUUGCUUUUCAUCAGUCUCGGUACCAGGACCUGUAUUUUAUUCUAGAGCACCGUAGUUUUAGCCCGUCAAGUCAUCCUGUGUUGCAGGAUAUGUGGUACAGGGCACGGUACAUCGAGGCGGAGAAGGUUCGGGGAAAACCUCUUGGUGCUGUGGAUAAAUACCGCCUUAGGAGAAAAUACCCACUUCCUCGAACUAUCUGGGACGGGGACGAGACUCUAUACUGCUUCAAAGAGAGGUCGCGAAAUGCACUGAAGGAUUCGUACAAGCGCAAUAAGUAUCCUUGUCCUACCGAGAAGAGAAACCUGGCAAAAAUCACGGGGCUUUCAUUGACGCAGAUCAGCAACUGGUUUAAAAAUAAGAGACAGAGGGAUAAAAACCCACAAGAGACCAAGUCAAAGAGCAGCGAAUCAGACGGAAAUUGCAGUUCGGAGGCGGAGUCCUGCAAGGGCACUGACGACUUCUCCCCCCGCCCCUUGUCCAGUGGCUCAGACGGCUCAGUGGCUAGGGCGGGUGGCCCAGACAUUGGGCCAGUCCUCCAACAGACUGGGGACAUGAGGACAACCUGCAGUUCUGGGGGGGCGCAAGUUGGCCCCCUCUUCAGGACCAGCAGCUCCUACAGCCAGCUCCAUGGGACCCUGCUCUUCAGCCAGCUUACCCCAAGUGUCUCUGUGGCGACCAAAGGCCCGUGCCCCCCCAGUGAAGGCGGGAGGCUGCAGUCUGGACUGCCUGUGAAAUCUCUGCCGCUCUACUCCGUCCUCCCAGCCUUAGAGGUGAAGGUGGAGGAGGCUCAGACUCGGGGGUCCUGGGAUAAAGGCCACUCUGACGUUGACCUCCAUUCCAGCUUUGGGCCCCCACCGCUGGGUGGCUACAGCCUGGGCGGAGCCCUUGGUGCGUGCAUCAGCGGUCCAUCGCUUCAACACGGCGCUGAACCUCUACUCCCACUGCUGCCCUCUGUCUCCACAGCGCCCUCUCGUGGUAUGGGGACUGCGCCCUACCAUGGGCUGCAGUUAAGUAGUGCAGUUUAGCUUAGCGUGGGCCACAGGAUGCAUUAGGCUGGUAAAAAAAAUUAAUUCUGAGAAAUAUUAUUUGCCUAUGUGUGUGAAGAGGGAAAAGGCGUAUUAAUGAACAUAACGCACAUUAUUCGUAAGCUUUCUCAGGAGCUGGGGGAGGGGAUUGACAGCUGCUCAGCAGCUCCCCCUGUUGACAGGGAAGUGAAUUGAAUGCUAUGCCUUAAUUUUUCAUUGCUCUUGAACAGGAAUCCUUUACAUAGCUCACUGGCUCACCCUUCCCCAGUCUUGCUGUGAUUGACUGGAGAUGUGGGUGAUGGUUCGAGUGUGGGAGUGGUGGAGGGGAAGAACGGUUGGUUAAAGGGAUUGGAAGUAACCAAACACUACAAUCCCCAGUGUCAGCAACCCACCCCCGAAGCCUGUCAAUAGGUUACACCUCCCAUACCUUGUGCUGAUGGUCUCCAUUAGCAUUUCAUAGACAAAGGU